CUGUGCUGAUUGCAGAGUUUGCAUCGUCUUCCUCCUCACUCUCACCACGUCUCCUUAUUGAGUUUUCACUCGGGCUCGGGCGGCGUACACGAGUCCGUCACCAUCUUUCCCUGUCGUCCGGAAUCUGGAGAGUUGGUGGUGGCUACGAGGACACGACGAGCCCCAGCCCCAGCCCCAUACCAUACCAUAGCAUACAGGAGUACAGGACCCUCGUCAGCAACAGUCCCGUCGCGUCGUGCGCGUGCACCUACACAACAUGCUCCUCCUCCUCCUGCUCCAUUAUUGCGCUCUCUCCUCCUCCUCCGCCAUCUCCUAAUCACCCAUCAUCUCGCCGCCUCUGCUUGCUUGCCCUUGGCCCAGCCCCCCUGGUCCUUCUCCUCCUCCUCUCCUCCCAAACCAAUCACACAGGCGAGGGCAAGGCAAACCAGCGCCUGCUCGAUUUGAUUGAUCCUUCCCCCCGCCCCCAUUUGGUUCCAUUCUUCUUCCGUGCCCAUGCCCAGCACCCUGUGAUCUGAUCCGGCCGCGCCAUUGCUCAAACCCUGGCUCCUCCAGCCGGGGCAAGGACCGGGGGAGGGAUGGAGGGGAGGCCCACGCGCCGCCGCGCCGCCGCCACCGCCACCGCCUCCAGCCCCAGCCCCGGCCGCAACAAGGUCUGGGUCGAGCCGCCGGGCAAGAGCCACCACCAGACCCCGGCGCGGUCGCCGCCCCCGGCCUCGGCCCCAGCCCCGGCGUCGCCGGGGGCGAAGAGGGUGGCAGUGGUGUACUACCUCUGCCGCAACCGCCAUCUGGAGCACCCGCACUUCAUCGAGGUGCCGCUCGCCUCCCCGGAGGAAGGCCUCUACCUGCGAGAUGUGAUUAACCGCCUCAACGUGCUGAGGGGGAAGGGCAUGGCCUCCAUGUACUCCUGGUCCUGCAAGAGGAGCUACAAGAACGGCUUCGUGUGGCACGACCUGUCCGAGGACGAUCUCGUGCUCCCCGCGCAGGGCAACGAGUACAUCCUCAAGGGCUCCGAGCUCCUUGACCGCUCGCCGCCGCCAGAUCGGCAGCAGAACGGUGCCAGCAACCCAAAGGUUGAGGGCCUCAAGCACCCCAAGGAAGAGUCCCCUCAGUCGCGAGGUUCACAAGAAGGAUGCUCCUCCUCAUCAUCUCCGUCUGCCGUCGUCAAAGAUAUCUCACCUCCGCCCGCUACUCCACGGCCACAGCAACAGGGACAGUCAACAUUGCUGCCAUCAUCGUCGGCUUCGACCAACCACGAGGAUGAGCAAUGCCGGACUACGCAUUCAGGCUCAUCAGGCAACCAGUCCCCUGAACCUGCAGGGAGAAAUGCUCCAUUAUCAGAGGCAAGCUCCCCAGGACCUUCGGAGUACAGAGUCUGCAAACCCGUCGGAGCUCAGGACGCUGCCACGCAAACAGAUGAUAGUGAGAGAUAUGUUCCUGAGAAGGAUACUCGUGUGACGGGAAUGUCCAUGGAGGCUGGUACAUCAGAUGCUGAGAUUCAAGAAUGCCAUGAAAGGAGCUCAUUGGUAUCGCCAGAGGGACCUGAAAUCGUUCGAGAAUCGCCAGGGGUAUGUUCUUCUGAUGCUUCGCCAGGUGGCAGAGUUGAGACCUUGGAGUCCCUGAUAAGAGCGGAAGCCAGUAGGAGAAGUAGCUUUAGAACACUAGAGGAGGAACAUAUGUUUGGCCCGAUGGGUGUGAAACUCAAGCCAGCCAAUUUGCUAAUGCAGCUUAUCACUUGUGGAUCUAUAUCUGUGAAAGAACACCGAGGCUUUGGGAUCAUCCCAACCUACAGGCCUAGGUUUACACAAGUUGAGUUCCCUUCUCCAGUGUUCUCUACUCCCGUGGCAUUGCGACACCUUGACAAAAUCCCUUGUAACGCAAGAACAAUCGGGAUGAGAGCUCCAGAGUCUGAAUGUUUCAGCGGGAGCUUGGUCGAGACCAAGAAGCAGGAUGAGUCUGGGAGAGGAAUCAGCGCACUCAAACGCUCAUCAUCUUAUGAUGAGGAUAGGGUUUAUAGAGAAGCACAUUCCAAAAGUGAUACAGAAAGCUCUGUUGAGUCAGGCAGUUUCAGGUGUCUCCCACAGACUAUCAGAAUUAUAUCAUGUAAGCAAUCGAGAAAUGGAACAAUACUCUCCCCUGUCUCUGACGUCAGGAACAGCUCUAGUCGACAAGAAUAUAGUGCUAGAUCCUCGCCACUGGGUUCAUCAAAGAGUGCAAGCAAUAGGAUGACUGAUCCAUCACUAGGUAAACUAUCCUCUGCGAGAAUAGAGUCAUUCCACGAGGAGAAGGACCUGAUCAAGAUCGAAGAAAGGCUUCCUUCUGGAGCUCGGGUUAUAAUCCAAUCUGUACCUUUGUGUGAAGAAAGUGAUGACAGCAAUGAAUCACUGUAAGGGGACGUGUUACAUAUAUUUUUUUUCUUAUUUUUUUUUGUUUCAUUUUGCUGAGAACGACGUUCGUUGGAAGUUGGUGUGCGUGUAUCAUAGCUGUUGGAGUAGGUUCAAAGGUAUUCAUUUUGUGACCUGUGUGAAUUUGAUAGUCAGUCAACAUUUUCUCACACCCUGAAGAAGAGAAGAGUUUAUUUUGCUUAAAUCUCCCACUUUUGUAUCUCAGUGCAGUCAGUUUGCUGACUUCAUUUCUUCAAGUAAAUAUGCAUGGAACUGUA